AUGAAUUUCGGAACAGGCCCGACACCCAAGUUCUGUCACGUUUGUCGAACCUGGAUUGGCGUGUUUGAAGACAAAGUGCAAUGUGAAAAGUAUACUAUGCACAAAAGUUGCUUCACAUGUGCUGUUUGUGAUUGCCAAUUAACUCCAGGAUGCUGUUCUAGAGAUGAUGGAUUAACAAAUUUACAAUUUAUGUGCAACAUAAGGUCUCCAAUUUGGUUUUGUUCUACACAUAUGAUGCUCGGUUCAGGAGAGAAAUAUCAAGCAUUGAGGCAAAAAUAUGGGAAAGUUCAACAAUAA